AUGGUGCAACUCGAACCCAGUGGUCCCGGGUUGAAGGCCCCGAAGCCAAAGUAUGGGCAUCUGUCCGAGAUCGAUCCCGACUUUGCACCAUUAAAAGAGGAAGCCGACAAGAACUUUGCCGCACUAUGGUCGCUGCCACUGGAUGAAUUCAAGGCCGCUUGGCUCACCGCACCGGUGGCGUUGCCGAACAACGCUCCUCAACCCGGACAAGAGUAUUCCGUCGUGGAUCAAGAAGCACCCGUCAGAGACGGCAGCAGAAUCGGUCUUCGUGUAUACAAGCCGCUGGAUCCGCCCACGAACGCGGUCCUGGUUCUCAAGGCCCAUGGUGGAGGUUGGGUUGUUGGCAGCCACGAAGUUGAAGAGGUCGAGAACCGCUUCCUGGCCGCCCAGGGCAGUGCGGUGGUUGUGAGUGUCGACUAUCGAAUGGCCCCGGCCUACAAGUAUCCCUACGCCAUUAAUGAUUGUUUCGACGUCCUCAAAUGGUGCAAAUCCCACGCCUUCAAACUCGGAAUCGACCCAGAGAAGAUCAUAGUGGCUGGAGGGAGUGCCGGCGGCAAUAUCGCCGCUGUUCUGGCCCAGAAAGCCCGGGAUGAGGGUGUGUCGGGCCUUGUUGGCCAGAUCCUGAACAUUCCCGUGACCUGCCAUCCGAAACUGUUCCCGUCGGACAAGUAUGAGUAUGGCAGUUAUCAACAGAACAAAGAUUCCACUGUGGUCGAUGCCCCUAGAAUGGAUUGGUUCUGGCAUCAAUACCUGCCCAACGCAGAUGCCGAAGUCUACGCAAGCCCAUUGCUGGCUAAGGAUCUGUCUAACUUGCCACCCGCGCUGAUUCAGGUUGCGGGCAUGGAUCCGCUCCGAGACGAAGGGCUGGCAUAUGCUGAAGCUCUCAAGGCUGCCGGAGUCCCCGUCACGCUGAAAAUCUACAAAGGCUUGCCUCACGGGUUCUACAUGUUUCCACAACUCAAGCAGUCGCAAGAGUACUGGGAUAGCUGCGUCCAAUUUGUCCAACAGGUGGCUCAGUAG